AUGGCGGACCUCGAAGAAGCAAUUCUCCAGAUGGCGACUCUCCUGCAGAAGUUAGCACAACCCACUCCAACGCCUAACAACGCAGAGCAAACACUUGAGGCCUUAGCAACCAACAUCAGCGAAUUUUCUUUCGAUCCAGAAAAUGGAGUUACUUUCGAAAAAUGGUACAGCCGAUACGCGGACCUUUUCGAUUCGGACGCCAAGAAUCUGGAAGAUGCCGCAAAAGUUCGUUUGCUGCUGAGGAAGUUGGAUACACCAUCACAUACACGGUAUACCAACUACAUUCUGCCAAAGCUUCCCAAAGAUAUCAACUUUACUGACACCGUCGAAAUCAUCAAGAAGAUUUUCGGAUCGCAAACGUCUGUCUUCAACAAGCGCUACCAGUGUCUGCAGUUGAUGAAAUCAGAAGUCGAAGACAUUAUCAGUUACGGCGGAAAGGUAAACCGUGCAUGCAAAGAUUUCGAUUUCAAGAACAUGAAAAUUGACCAGUUCAAGUGCUUGGUUUUUGUCUGUGGCCUUAAAGCGCACUGCUACACAGACAUACGAGCCAGGUUACUUUCUCGCAUUAAGUCUGAAACAGCAGAAGCUCCCGUUACACUCCAAAAUCUGAUCGACGACUAUCAAUGGCUCGACAAUCUCAAGGCGGACACAUCCAUGAUCGAGCGUCAAUCAUGCUCGAAACCAACUGUGCACGCUGUCCAGGAGAAGGGAAAUACUCAUCAGCAGCAGUCUUCAAAAUCGGAAGGUAAAACACCUCGCAAACCUUGUUGGCAAUGCGGCCAAAUGCACUUCGUUCGAGAUUGUCCUUUCUCGAACCACCAAUGCAAACAGUGCAACCGCAGUGGUCACAAGGAAGGAUACUGUAAUUGUUUUUCCAAGAUGAAAUCAGUUUCUUCUGGUGAAGAGAAGAAGUUACCGAACAGACCAAGAAAAUCUGGUAAAGCCAAAUCCCGAAGAAUCUUUAUUGUGAACCACAUCGCUCAACACUCAAGCAAGCGAAAGUACGUGACUACCAUCAUUAACGGCGUGGAAGUCAAGCUGCAGUUAGACACAGCAAGCGACAUCACAGUGAUAUCUAAGCGAACCUGGAACUCGCUAGGUAAACCUUCUAUUAAGAAACCAACGAUUCAAGCCAUGAACGCAUCGGGAAAGCCGCUUCAUUUGUUUGGUGAGUUUUAUUGCGACGUCACCAUCAACGGUAACACAAGAAAAGGAAGAUGUUUCGUCACAACGUCUAUCAAUCUCAAUAUCCUUGGUAUCGAUUGGAUCGAACUUUUCAAGUUGUGGUCAGUUCCCAUCGAUUCGGUCUGCAAUCAAGUAAAAACAGAAUCGGUAGAGCAGCGAAUUUGUAAAUUCAAAACGCAGCACGCAGAAGUGUUCAACGAUUCCUUGGGACAUUGCAGGAAAACGAAGGUAAAGCUCUUUUUGAAACCAAAUUCCAAACCGAUUUUCUGUCCCAAGCGACCGGUUCCCUUUAAUACCAUUUCAUUGGUGGACGCCGAACUAACACGGUUGGAAACUUCUGGUAUAAUACAGCCAGUCGACUUUUCCGAAUGGGCUGCUCCUAUUGUGGCAGUACGCAAGCCAAACGGACGGGUUCGCAUUUGUGCGGACUACUCGACGGGACUUAACGAAGCAUUGGAGGCAAACCACUAUCCGCUUCCAACUCCUGACGAAAUUUUUGCUCAACUCAAUGGUAGCACAGUGUUCAGCAUCAUUGAUCUGUCCGAUGCGUAUCUACAACUCGAAGUUGAUGAUAGUUCCAAGAAGUUACUCACCAUCAACACGCAUCUCCGGAUACAACAUUAUUCAUUCGUUCUUCAAAAUGAUGUUCAAAGUCAUCAUUGGAACAAUGAUCAAGCAACAAUUCAUCCAUUUGUAAUGUAG